AAAAAGAUCACCGAAAAUAAGCUACGCUACCUCCCCGCUAACCACAACCACAACCACAUAUUCUUAUCGCCGAUCCAGAUAGACAUUUUUUCCCUUCCCCACUUGAAUUCGCAGCAUUGAACAAUUAAUUGUUUUUCCCCGCCACGUAUCGCAUCAACAAACGCCCUCCUCCUCCAACGACCACACAAACACCCACCAGCUGAUUUCCCCAUAAUAAUAAAAACAUGCCAGCUCCAACAGCGCUGUCGAGGCGACCAGAAGAAUUGGCGGCUGCCGUUCCAUUACCCGUAGAGAGUAAGAAGAGUUCAUCCCAGAAAGGUAAUAUAAGGUUAACACAAUCUAGGUGCGGAUGAUGAGCUAUUACUUGAUGCCCCAGAGAUGUCCGCAGAAAGCACUGUUCAAUUAAUUACGGGUGAUGCCGACAAUGAGAUGCACAUCGAUGAGGAGGGGCGACCACGCUUUGCGCCAGCGAAAAAUAUCGUAUGCCAAAAUAUGUUUUGUAUGAUAUGAUAGGUACUAACAGACGCAGGAUGGUCCAGUACGAGUCGAAAGCCGGAAAGUCCCAAUUCCACCCCACCGAAUGUCACCUCUCAAAGCCUCAUGGCCCAAGAUUUACCCCCCACUCGUGGAGCAUCUCAAACUCCAAGUCAGAAUGAACAUUAAGAACAGAGCUGUCGAGCUCCGAACAUCAAAACACACCACCGAUACUGGAGCGUUACAGAAAGGCGAGGAUUUCGUCAAGGCAUUCAGUCUCGGUUUCGAUGUUGACGAUGCUAUUGCCCUCCUUCGAUUGGAUGAUUUGUAUAUUGAGACCUUCGAGAUUAAGGAUGUGAAGACUCUGCAAGGAGAGCAUUUGGGAAGAGCUAUUGGACGUAUUGCAGGAAAGGACGGAAAGACCAAAUUUGCCAUCGAAAACGCCAGUCGGACGAGAGUGGUGCUUGCGGACUCGAAAAUUCACAUCCUGGGAGGCUUCAAGAACAUCCAUAUUGCAAGAGAAGCAAUCGUCAGUUUGAUUUUGGGAAGUCCGCCAGGGAAAGUGUAUGGUAAUUUGAGAACGGUGGCUUCGAGAAUGAAGGAGAGAUUUUGAGGGGCUUCGAUAGGGCAUAGAAAAUUGCAUGAAAUGGCGUUUGGGAUGGCGCAAUAUUUGGGCUUCUCUGGAGUAUAGAGGGUGGGGAAAAUCCCUA